UUUCUUUUCAUACGCCAAGGGCCGCACAUAUCUAUUGUUUUUGUUAAUCAAAAAGACCAAUAGCCAGACUGAUGCUAACUCAUUUUUUUCGGUUGAACAUAGCAUAGCUAGUGCACUUGUUAGAGUCAUCAAUAAAGGGAAGACCUCUCCUUGCUACCAUUACUGUGGAAUUAUUGACACUGGCACUUACCUUGCAUCAAACCAUUAUUGAUCGGUGAUACUAGAGUGCCAUCAGAGAAUUCGAUGUCGCGCAGAUUCCGAGCUUCCACGGUCUAGCAGGUCGGACCACACAAGGUUCCUCCUAUAUGCAUCAUCUCUGCGGAAACUCUGCUCAAUCGUGCUCGACGUUUGUGGGCGCCGAGCGGUCCGGACAGAACUGAUUGCCGACUGGUGGCGAUCACACGUGUUAUUUUGGUACUUAUCCUUCCCCACUGCACCGUUCCUACCGGCUCGGAACGCUCUUGCUCACUACAACCAUGGCCCAUUCGAAACCAUUGACAUUGGCUCGCCUGAACGACUCAGUCCUGGGCGUCUGGGGCCUCGCACCGCCGUCUAAACACCUCGAUCAUCUGCUGCGCAUGCUUUCGACCUGGAGCGGGACCGAGUUGCGUACCCUGCUAUACAUAUCUGCUGCCUAAACACGAAUUUAUGUCAUUCAUGUGCAGCAAGUUCUUCACAUUGGUGCAAGCUUUAUGCAAGAUCAUCGUCCCAUUGCUGCAUCUGCGAGCCCGAAUCCAAUACCGGGCGGGGUUCAGGAAAGAGCCAACGAGCUUCGCCGCCGAGGGAUUCAAAAAGUUCGCGGGGAUGGUGGGCGACUCGCAGACGCUGGGACGUUUCUGGGGUCUGCUCCAAAUAUUCCAAUGGCUCAUCUCGCUUGAGCGAACACCACAACCAACGCGAAAUCUACUGACGAUCGAGCGGCUUCAAGGCUGGUCCAUGCUCGGAUACUAUCCGCUCGAGCAUCUCAGUCAUCUGCGAUCUCACGACAUCCUCCCACCCUCCAUCUCCAUUCCCGUUCCAGUCGCUGAAAAGCCCAAACAACUUGAGCUCGACGCUGGCGCGCUGUCCCGCGCUUCAUGUCGUUUCUGGGCGGCCUAUGUCGUGCUUCAAUUCGCACACCUCCGGGAGGACCGGAAACUACUCCAAUUGCAGCAACGCGCUCUCAAAAAGAGCAAGGUCGGGGGUAAGAUCAGUGACGCAGAAAAAGCGGAGUUCGCUCGGCGCUGGGACGCUUAUUGGAGCGGGCUGCUGACGAAUAUCUGCAAUUUGCCCAUUGCGCUGCACUGGUCAGUCACGGGAGGGAUUAUCAAGAACUCGCUUGUUGUGGAUAUUCUCUCCCUCCUAGCGGCCGUUCUAUCAUUCCGCAGUGGAUGGCGCGCUACUGCGCUGCUAGAUCCCGAAGAGGAAUCGGACAAUCACGCAGGACCUCCUGUUGACGAGAAGCAAUGA